UUUCCUCUUCAUUCCGCGCCAACUUCGUUCGUCCACGACCCUCCAUUCUAGUUUCGGAAUCUACAAUCAUUUAAACUGAUAUUAUUUGUAGUAGCGAAUUAUUUUGAAACCAAGAAAUGUAGCUUUUUUUUAGUCAUUCACUUAAAUUUUCACGGUAGCUGUUAUGAAAUUAAUUAUAUUAUGUGCAAUACUUUGACCUCAAUAAGUGUAAAGCAAUACGUAGCGAUGGAAACUAAAAUAAUUUUCAUGAGAGUAUGCAGGUAGCUGGGCAUCAUGCCGAAACGCAUUCCCUUCCACGUCGUAUAUGCCACAAGCGAAGACAGCUCGUACCCAGCAUGCGAGCUGAACUCGCAGGGACCAGCGGCUCGCGGCUGGCGCAGCUCGGGCUCCCCGCCGCACGAGCUGCUGCUGCGGCUCACAGCGGUCACCAGCAUACACAAGCUGCAGCUGCUGGCGCACCAUCAGCUCAUACCUGCCUGCGUAGAGGUGUUGGUGUCCGGUGGGCUGGUGUCGGAAGGAGCAGCUACACCAUGUGGAGCCACCUACAACAGCGUAGGGCGAGUCACUCUCGCCAAGCCCGCAUCACAAGCGCGGACUAGAGAACUAAGAUCUGCAGCUCUCCCAGAACCAACUGUAGCACGAUUUGUAAAGCUCAGACUGUCUGGACCUCAUCCACCAGCAAAAGAUGACGAUCAGGUAGCUUUGAUGGCAGUAAACGUCCUCGGUGAAGAACUCGAAGAAGUAAACAAAACAACUCCUACUGAGAAAGCUGAAAUAUUCUUCUCACCAUAUGACGAUUUAGCUUUUGUCAUGUACGUAGAUAAUGAAAUCGCUGACCUGGUGCGCAAUUUAGAUCGGAAGAAGAAAGCUGCCGUUACAGAGGAACGUUUCGAAUACGCACGCCGGUUAAAGUCCGCUGGUUCUGCUUUAGCGGCUGCUGGUAUACGAAUCGGAAGGUGGAGACUUCGCAAAAGGACAGCGGCGGCUAGAGAUGACUUUGAAUUGGCGAGACGAAUGAGAGAUAGAAUAACAGAUGCCCUUAUAGGUGUAAAAGAAGACCCCGAGUUGCAACGACUAUUUGAGGAUGAAGGACCUGAUACCCGCAAUGAUUCGUCCAUGCCACAAGCGUACGACUUCUCUCAUCAUCUCUCACCAUCUGUCGCAGCUGGCACACAAAGUAUUGAUAUACCAUCGCCAGUACCACCUAUCGAACAUUUUCCAGAACCACAGGAAGAAUUUAAUGGAAUAGAUGAUUUAGAUAGCCAUCACAUUCCAGCAUCACCCGUCCAAGCACUUGAUGAUGAAAUAGAAGUACAAGCACAACCUGCCGAACAAACUGAACCCAUCCAAGAAUUUAAGCCAGAAAUACAGCAUACAAUACAAAAGAAAGAGGAAGAAGAAUUAAGAAAAGAAACUGAUAGUCCACGUAGAAGUAUAACUCCGAAUGCUGCCAAUGGUACUUUAGUAAGACGUAGAAAUAAAAGCGCCGGACCGAGAUCUACAUUCGAAGCUUAUGAAGAACGAUUAUUACCGGCUUUGAGACAUUCUCACACCAACGAAUAUUUACGAGAGGCUCGCGAAGAGGAGUGCAGUGGUGGAAGUGCUUCGUCACAUCACCGCAUCCCUCAUAAACUUAAUGAGAGGGAGAGGAAACAAGCUGCCUUGCCAAUACUUAUAUUUGGAUAUCCUUUAGUUGAAAAGUUUUUCUCCAAAAAUUAUUUGGACAAGGAAGAAGGACUAGCGCGUCUUCGUGCAGAGCUAACGUCUCCGUCUAAUGGAAGUACAAAGACUUCUCCUAAUAAAACCGCAAGAGCUGCUGCGACUUUGCUGCAGAGAGCUCUGAGAGAUAAAGUAUUCUCAGUGUAUAGUCAGGCUAACGAAGUCGUCAGGGUAUUGUUUAAGGAAUUCGUACCGGACAGAGUAUGCGCUGCAGAAGUUGGUCGUUGUUUGGAAAAGUUGUUACCAGAGUUGCUACGCGCUUGCGGUGACCCUGCCCCACGGAUUCACUCCACAGCACAGCACACCGUCCUCACUGUAGCCGACUGUCAGAUGGUGAGGAGUCUACACAUAAUACCACAACAAUUGGUGCGUCCUGUCCCCGCAUCUAUGCAUCCUCGCCUCGCUUUGUCUCGUCUACAAAUGCUUGAACAACUUAUCCUGAGUCACGGAAUAUUGACAGACAAAAACAGUGGUCUAACAGUCCGUCGACUAGCAGAAUGCGGUGCAGCUGGUGCUCAACACGCAGCGGGCUCUGUAAGGGCAGCGGCUGAAAGGAUACUCCUAGCUGCAUAUGCAAGGUCUCCCAGAGUGGUCAGAGCCCAGUUACCCCCAGACGACGCUGUUACAAGACGCAAUCUCAUCUACAGGCACCUAUUUCAACAGUUCGACAGAAUCGAUAUGCAGAAAAUGCUUAACCAGGCACCGACUGAAGAACAACUACUUAACGGUGGAGACCAAUCAGUACUCGAUUCGACCUUAGAAGCAAGCGUUACUCAAUCCACUCGAAGUGGUACAGUAAGUGGUAUGACCACGUCUUUUGGAAUGUCAACUUCAAUGGACGCAACGUCUUCAUACAGUUUAAAAUCGAGUGCAAGUGGAGCUACAUUAGCACCUUCAAGUUUAAGUGGAAGCUUUACAACAUCAAGAACAAAAAGCAGCCUAAAGAAAACACCAACAAAGAAAUAUACGCCAACUCGAUCACCAAAGGACGUAUCCGGCUAUCCUGGUUAUAACAAAUUAAGAUUAGACAGUGCUAUAAGUCCAAAACAUUCACCACGAUCAUCAGUUCUUGGAAAUGAAAAGGUACACUUCCAAGAAAGUCAAACAGACGAAGUAAUAUACCGUCGAGCUAAUCGCAACCCAGGGAACCGUCAUUCCAUGAUACAUUACGAUCACGAUCCCUCUAAACCCCAACUAAAAGAAAGACCAGCCACAGUUUACGAACCAUUGCACUUAGAAUACAGAGAUUCACCAACUAUUGGAUCACCGAAAACUUCUAAAAAUGAUGUCAGAAGCAUGGACUCUUUACCAAUGGAUUCUCCACAAAUGUCCAAAAAUGAUUUGAGGUGUGACUCAGAUAGUAGAAGCCUUGAUUCACCUAAACUGAAGGCUGAUUAUUUUCGCGAUGUUGGUUUAGAAUCUCCAAAACUCGUUGCUGGGGUUAGGAAUUUGCAUUUAGAUGAACAUAGUCAAAUGGAUGAGAGUGGUUAUUACAGUCCAGGCAGAAGACAGAUACCAAACAAUGAACAGCAGUAUGAAAGUUACGAAGCAGUUGGUGCCGAUAUGAGCAGUGAAACUACUCCGGAACCCGUUUGCAAUACAUCGUGUACGUGGUGCGGACGUCGGGUGCGUGCGGCGGCUUUAGAAGCUCAUUACUGGCGACGAUGUGUGCUUCUUGCGAGAUGUCCCCACUGCCACUUUGCGCUUGAAGCACGAGCCUUACAUGCGCAUCUUUUGGAGGAAUGCUCGCUAAGCGAAGGCCUAUGGAAGGCGUGUCACAAAUGUGGUGCUGCGUUGCGUACAGAUGAAAGCGAGUAUCACGUUAACUGUAUACCUCUCGGCCUCGAUGAGUGGAAAUGCCCGUACUGCCUGACGAAUGUGCUGGCACGGGACCUGCCCUGGCAGAGACAUCUUAUGCAAUGCCCUCGCAACCCGCGACUGACAUAGCAAAACUAAUAGAUAUGGCAACAAUUAAGCAUGAAGUACCUAAAAAUAUUGAAGAUAUUUUGCUUUCGCAAGGUCAAUUUUAGAGAUUUGCCUUAUGCUUAUUCAGGUAGGUACUUCUACUUACACUCCAAUUGGGAGAUUUGCGUUAUAAAAGACGAUAAAUAAUUUUAGUAUCUACUGCUAUCAGAAUAUAAAAUUGUCUAAGCGCGGUUAUGUUCAAUAUUCUGAUCUAUUUUACGUUCCUUGACUUCAGGAUGUUUUUAUGUAAACUUUUACAAGUUUGUUGUGUAUGUAAUCUUGUUUGUACGUAUAUUGUUAUGAUUCCUUCAUCGUGUUGCAUUGGUUGUGUAUUCAAUUCCGCGAAUUAUUUAAUAAGUAUAAAUAAUUGACACCUACUUGUUGACAAAAGAUGCAAUAGAAAUAUUAGCUUUAGGCACAAUCCAAAUAUUGUAGUCUGAGAUAAAAUUAGUGCAAUACUCAUUUAUUAUAGUUUGUUUAAUUUAAUAAGUAUCGUUAGUGAUUGUCACAUUAUUUGGUUAACUAAUUUAUAGAUUUUUGUAUGUAGGUAUCACUAUUUAUCAUUAAUUUUUCACCUUUUGGUAAAGACAUUAAGUUUCACAUUUAGUAUUAAAUCAAAAAAUAUUUUAAAUCAUAUAUAUAUAUAUAUAUUUACACAUAUUAUUUUCUAAUACACACGUCUAUCAAUACUUUUAAUAGUAAUCAAUUUUGAAGACUACCCCAACUAUUAUUAUUUAUUCUUCACAUAUAAGUGUUUUGUCGUAGUUUGAAUGAAUUUCCGUCUUAGCCUCCUUGUCCACUUUUACCGUCCAGGUAUAUGAAAUCCGUCUUAUCUAAUGCUCACAUAUCACAUUUAUGUUUUUCAAGACUGCAACACUGUCCUGCAAUAUUUUGUAUUUACAUCUUUAUAGUUUUAAGUUCAAAAUGCACAACAAUUACUGGUCUACUAUAAAUAUUAUUAUAAAAACCAUAAUAAUUUUUAAUAUUUCUUUUUGUGCUAAGUGCUCAGUUAUAUUCUCUGUAGUAAUAGUACUGAAACUAAACCAUCUACUUACUUAGUCCGUCAAUAUCACUUUAUUUUGAUAUCUUAAUGAUAUCUCACAAUAAGCUGGGAAUAUAAAUUAUUUCUUAGUUAUUGUUAUAUAAAAUCCAAGAUUGUUAAAAAAUAGUCAAAUAUUCCUAGAUUUGAUCAAAAUACUAUAGAUAACUUUUAGGUCUGAUUAAAAUGAUUCUGUAGUAUAUAUAUAGCUUUUAUUAACGUAAAAUAUAUUCGCUUUUGACCACUGCUUGGUGGAUGGUGGAUGGAUGUGGUCUAAGAUGAGACACGCUUGCCCAGAAUAUACCUAUUCACUCUUGUUUUAAAAAUAUCCAAGUUACAAGAACCAGGAAACACCUUAUUAUUCAGACUUAGCAAUGCGUAUGUGAAAAGAAGACAUUAGUUAUAGGUUAAGUAUUACCACUUUUAUAAGUUACACUAAUCUAUCUGCAAUAAGGCUUACAUUUUAAUGGUAAAUAUGUCAUAACACGUGUAAGGGUGAGGCCAAACGAGCGUAAUUUUCACCUCACCCUUAGUCCGCUAUUGGUUGUAUUACCUACGCGCCAUGUUCAAAGUGCGAGCGAGGUACUUUCUUUUGAUAAUUUAAAUCUUAACGUAAUGCAUUACGGUCUGUAUUUCAUUGUAGUAGUCUCAUAAUAUGGUUUAGAUCGUUUUCCUGCACGUGCGAAGUUUGAACAUGGGAUUUAUAAAAGUGGUAUAACUGUAGGGUCGGUUAAUCCUCCUUUAAAAGUACACUUUCCAAUCCCAAUUCGGAUUAAAUCUGAUAAGAUCAGACGGUGUCAUUAAAGGUUUCGAGUGAACCAAUGUAUUCAGCUAGGAUGUAGUUUAUAUAUUUUUUACAUUUAUGCAUGUAGUUUAUAAAUAGAAUGUGACAUUACACUCCUUACAUCCAGUGACGUAGCUAGUAACCAAUUAUUUCCUGGUAAGGAUUCGAUGGCCCCGGGGCAUUGCACCGCUUAGUCUCUCAAGUUCGUUGAUGACACUCCCAUGAUAUGCGGGCGACGGGGGGAAAGACUGGCAUCAGUUGUGGGUUUUUCAUUCAUACACGCCCCCCGGCCCGCGCGGACCAUCGGGAGUGUUACGAACGAAGUUGCCAAGCUACAGCCCUGGGUAGCUACGCCAUUGCUUACAUCACCUACAAAUUUAAAUGUGGAACAGAAAUGUAGAUUAGAAUGAGUAACAAUUCGUAUACGCCCUUAUGUUUUAGUAUCAGUCAAAUGGAUUUCAAGGCGACAUUGUUAGAAGUAAUGUUUAGACUUUUAUUUAUUAGUUUUAGAAGUAAGAUUGAUUCGACGAAAAUGUAGCUAAUUAAUAUAGAGAUUAGAAAGUAGGUUAUGAUUUUGAAUUACUCAAUCAUCUUAAGACUAUACUGUACAUCGUUAAUAAUAAUUGGACUAUUCAUAAAUUACAAUUAAUUUUUCUUUAUAAAUCCUUAAAUCUCAAAAUAUUUUUUUCAUAACAAAUUUUUCUCUUUCCCUCCAAUUAGCCAUAAAGGCGAUUAGAACAAAAGGCGAAGAUUAAGAGUUAUUUUUUAAAUUUAUGUAGUAAUACGACAAUAGAAUAAUAGACAAUGACUAGUAUUGAAGCCUCUUGGAGUUGAACUUGGCAUUUUAACCGAGAAAUUAAAAGAAAGGGUAAGGAGAGGUUUGUUAAUUAAACGACAGCAAAUAAACGGUAAACUACAGCACUAAUAUCAUUCUCUGACCUGAAAGGGCUAGCCUGAUAUUUCUAAAAAAAAUUAAAUCUAGAAAAACCCCCGAAGGUCAUAAAAGUAUUAAUUUCACUGUCGAUUAAGUCAUCAACAUUCAUUUCUCCCACUCAAGUGAUAUAUUUGCAGACAUUCGGUUAUUCUUCCUCACUUUCACAUACCAUAACUAUAAAAUGGCUCAACCAACCAAACCAAAUCAUCAAACAAACUAAAUUGAAAUCGCUUCAUCCGUUCGGCAGCAAUGGUGUCACAGACAGAUAGACACAUCAAACUUAUAACACCCCUCUUUUUGCGUCGGGAGUUAAAAAUAUAGGUAUGUCAAUAAGAUCUGUUGAAAAUUUAUGAAUAGUCCCAAAGUAACUAUUAAAAUAGAACAUCACUAAAAUUAGUAAUACUUUAACAAUAACUUAGAAUAAUUCGAUUAACGAAACCACAUCGCCCACUGUGAUAUUGGGUUGGGUAUUCAUUGAAACAGGAUUUUGAGCGUGGAUCUUCAGUUGAUGGUAUAGAUAUAAACAUAUAGAUAAACUAGCAUAAUUAAGAUUGUAGGACACUUUUUCAUCUGUUGAAAUUUCUCACCGUCUCACAGCAAUUAACUUAUUAUUAAAGAAACUAUUAGAAAUUCUCAUUUUGUUUAUUUUUAACCGACAUCAAAAAAGGAGGUUCCCAAUCCAACGCGUAUGUUUCUUACCUCAUAACUUCGUCAUUUAUUAACCAAUUUUAAAAAUUCCUUUUUUUAUUCGAAAAUCGGAAUUUUGUGUAAUAAUCAAAAUAAUUGAAUUACGUCUUUGCAGUCGGUUCCAUUUAUAUGUUAUAAAGAUUUAUUAUUUCAUUGUUAGUAGUGACCAGCACUUUAUAAAAGCAAAGUAACUCCCUUACAAUAUUAUAUAGUUUUUCCUUAUUGUCUUAAGCCCUGUGCACAUUACUGUUUGUUAUGACUAUUCACAAAAAAAUACAAAUAUGAAUUAUAGUCCCUGAUAAUUAAUGAUAAACGAACUUACCUGUAAGUGAAGUUCUAUCAUAAUUAUGUGAGUAGCUUCAUUCGAAGAUAUUGCGUUGUUGUUGUUUGUACCAAAGUGCGUUGUUGCUUGUAAGUUAAAGGAAACUACUUGGUAAAAUUAUAUCUGAGAAUGAAGCGACGAAAUAUAAUACUAAUUAUAAGAGAUAAUAAGAUAGUUUCAUCUACAUAUAAUCAUUCUUCUCCUUCGUUUCAACAAAAGAGAGCCCGAUGUAGAUCUCUUUCGAGGGAAGAGAGAGCGUUACGUAGGUAAAAUUAUUUUGUUUUCUCUUGUCACGCAUUUUGUUUAGAAUGCUCCAUUUGAUUAUCUGCGUCUAAGGUUAUCCGGGUGUGAAAGGUUUGCCGUUUGAAUUCGUAAUUUUUUCGCGAAAAAUUGCAAAACAAAUUAAUUUAGUUAUAAUUAUGAUAUUUAUUAUUUUAAUUGUAUGUACAAGAUAUACUUGUAUUUUUACUCUGUGGCUAGUAAAUAUGUAAAUACAUAUUAUAGUGUACUAAAUGUACAUUACAUAGAUGUUAAGGUGGUGGAUUUAAUAACUUAUAAACCUACUAGUGAUUACAUAAAUAUUUGUUAAUAGUAGUAAUUCAUGGAGUCUCAGGAGUACCUAAAUUAGUGUAAGUAAAUAUUUCUAGUAUUAGUAUAAUUAUGUAAUCUUGAGUAGCAAAAAAUAUACUAUCUAAAGAUAGUUUUUUUAUUAAUCUAAAUAGGAAAAUCUAACUAUAUUCUAUCUAAAGAUGUUAUACUUUUACAACAAGUUUCAAUACUUUUCACCAUGAUUUUUCUUUUACAAUAAGACACCUUGUCUAUUGUAACGAUACACCGAACUCAGGAUAAACAAUAGGGUAGUUGAUCCCAAAAAAAAUAUCGCUUCUUUAUGAGACCUGAAUACUCCCAAAUUUUAAUUUUAAAUUAUACUUUUGAUUAAACGUCAGAAAAUACUGUCCGCCAUGAUUGUCUUUAUGUUAUCUGUGCUAUUACGAAAGAAAGUAUUUUAUUAAAAGCCAAAAUAUUUAACUAUUUAAAAUAUUUAACUAAAAGUACAGUAAUAUCGAUCUCCAUUAAAACUGUGGGUUUAAUAUUUUUAAAAAAUUAGAUCGGUUCAAUGCAAAAAAUCGGACGUCUUUUACUUUCACGUGUAUUUGCUAACAAUAACACGUGACGUCACGAAAUGCUUGACAGUGUUUUUGGCGUUAGGAAAAAUAGAUAAAAUAUGCAUAUAAUUUUUUACUAUUUUUAAUUAAAAUUGGUAUAUUUACUACACUUAUUCUAAGUACUGUACGAAAUUAACAUUGUUUAUAUUAAAUUUCAUAUGAGUCAACUACCUUAUUAGGGAUAUUGUUAAUUAGGUAUCAAAAAAAUCGCAAUAGGUACGUUUUAUUAUAAAAUAAUUAUUUUGAUUCAGUUGUCUUCAUUCUUCCUCCACACGCUUCUUAUUCGUACAGUGAAAACAAAUGUAAAAAGAAAGUUAAUUCCAAGCACGCGAUGAUUAAAUUUUCACGUGAAACCUUCAUAUUUAUUAUUUAUAAUGUAAAAAAUAAUAGUAAAUAAUAACUACUUGCUGAAAAUUAAACAGAAGUAGAAGAAACUUAGCUUAAGUAUGCAAAUACGUAUGAUGAUGCCAUAAAUGAAACUACUAUAUUAUGUAUAAAGUUAAAAAGUUUCUAAGCGUUUUAGUUUUGUACGUUUAGUAAAUCCAUUCGACUGAUAAUAUAAACUAAACAGGGUCCAAUUUUGUUACACUUAUUGCCUUUAAAUAAAAUAUGUGCAAAUACUAACAAGUAAUUAUUAUCUAUACUCGUAUAUUAAUCUGCUAUAAAGCACGGUAUAAACUCAUGUGAUUAUUGUUUAGUGUACCUGACUAGUUUAAACGGGGCCCUUAGUCAUGAGUUUGUUUAUGCAACGCGAAUGCGAAGUGUGCCAAAUUGUAAUACCACGUUUGAAACUAGUCGGGCUUAGUCUGACAAUAAUCAUGUGAAUUAUGGAUAACGUGGAUGACUUGACUUUUAAGUUAAAGGUAUUUUUGAACCUCAAGUUUCUGUUGUAUUUUCCACACCAUAUUCUUUUUUAGAAUUUCCAAUUGAUGCAGGAGAGUUACAAUUUCUAUUUUAGAUGCAAAAACAAGUAAAUGAAUUAUUUUCAUAUUAUUUACCAAAAGUUUUAACCAACCCCGUGAAUGUUACUAUUUCUAUUUAUAACAUACUCGCAUCUAAUAUGAUUUAACUUCAUAAUGAUUUCAAAUCGAAGACGGUAUUAUUGAAAUGUUAUGGACUGAUAAAAUAGUUUUACAUUUUAAGUAUUUUUUGUUUACUUGAAAAAGAUACUAUAUUGAAUAAAAAACAUUUAAAAAAACAAUUGCCAAAUUGUAAACUUUCGAAACAUGAGUAAGUAGUAUUCGAUUGUAAUUUGAAAAUUAAUGAAAUAGCGUAAGAAAAAUGUUGCUUGGUUAUGUAUUUACAUUUUGUUGACAUUCAAAACAUCAUUUAUAUUUCAUACACUUACAUUGUUUUUUGUGUGUAUUGUCUUUAAGUAAUUUUUAUCAGUAGGUCAAUGGUGCGCACCACGAUAUAUUGCAAUGGGACGAAAGAGAGAGCAAUGUUUUCGAUUCUGUUACUAUUGGUCGACACUUGUAGUGUCAGUUGUCUCGAGAUGUUGUGUUGCGCAUUAUAAGUGUAUGUACUGUUGGUCUAUUCACUAACUUUGAGUAACUUUAGUGGAUAUCCACGUAAUUUAGCAACUAGCUUUGUUAACGUGACUUCGUAUUCACUAUAAAUUUAUUGUUAAAUGAUAAAAAUUACUAGCUAGUGUGUUUUAAAUUGUCAGUUUUGUUUACAAUGGAUUUAAAAAUACUAAAUGUAGUUGUUUUUGAUUUAAAGUUAAUUAUAUAAGAUGGAUGAGAGCCGUGAUAGUUCAGUGAAUAUGACUUGUGUCUCCGAUUUCAGAGAGCUCAGGUUCGAAAGCGGUCUGGGGCAUGGAACUCCAACUUUUCAGUUUGCACAUUUUAAGAACUUAAAUACCUAACUCACCUAACUCAUUCCGAUAGGAGACUCGUGCUCGUGCUUAGCUCAGAAUAUCGGUUGACAAUGAUGAUAUAAGAUGGCAAAAAGAUCAAAGUUGGUGAAUAGCCAGCUGGUAAUGUAAAAGGAACAUCUUCUCCGUAAAGAUUAUAAAAAAUGAGCUUGUUCUAAACUGCUAUCUAGUAUUAUACAAUUUAGGAAAAAUUAAAGAAACGCGGAAACAACAGUUAUUGCUGUUUUAUAAUUUAAUUAUAAAUAUGAAACGUAUUCAGCAUUCAUCGCAAUUCAAUCCAUGAUUCAUGGUUAAUUGUAUCAGUGAUUUGCACACUUUUGUUAAUGUAGCACUAUCGCCUUGAGGUUGUAAAGCGCCUUGGAAACGAUCAAACUUUUUGUCAAAUCAAAUGUGUGACAAAUAAUAGCUUGCGGCUUUGUUUAAAGUGUUUGUCAAGUAAAUUUGUCAAACAUGUUUGAUCGUGUCCAAUGCGUAUAAGGUUUGUUAUCGCUCCUGAGCGACUUUUGAUGGUGUGAAUAAAGGUUUCCAAACAUG